UGUAGCUGGUGGCAUUUGAACAAACUCAGCUCAACUUCAUUAUUAUCUCAGAAGGACAUUGGUGAAAAUGAAUUAUUUUUGGAUGACAGUGAUUUUGCUCGUGACUGGUGCAUCUGCUGUGAAGAUAGAUGUUUCAGUGAUGGAGGGAGAUUCAGUCACUCUACACACUGAUGUUACAAAAACCCCAGACAACAAAGUGCAAUGGUAUUAUAAUGACAUUCGCAUCGCUCGAAUCACUGGAGAUCCCAGUAAGACCUGCACAGAUGUUCAGUGUAAUAAUCAUUCUGAGAGAUUCAGAGACAGACUGCAUCUGGAUCAUCAAACUGGAUCUCUGACCAUCAGAGACCUCACAAAGACAGACUCUGGAGAAUAUAAACUCCAGAUCAUCAUCACCGGCAGCAGCAGUGAAAAGAUCUUCAAUGUCACCAUCCAUGAUGUUUCUGCUGCUGAUCAAGAAGAAAUGAAGAGAAAGUCAGUGAAGGAGGGAGAAUCUGUUACUUUGGAUCCUGGUGUGAUAAAAAAAACAGAUGGUUUGAUGAAGUGGUAUUUUAAUGACAUUCCCAUAAAUGAAAUCCCUGGAAAUCCUAGGAGGAGCUGUACAGAUGUUCAGUGUAAAGAUGGUGUUGAGAGAUUCAGAGACAGACUGAAGGUGAAUCAGACUGGAUCUCUGAACAUCACAAACAUCAAAACGACAGACUCUGGAGAAUAUCAACUACAGAUCAUCAGCAGCAGAUUCAGCAUCAAGAGGAGCUUCAGUGUUAAUGUCUCUGCUGUUCCUGAUUCAGGUCUGUCUCCAGCUGUUGUAGCAGGAAUAUCUGCAGCUCUUGUUCUGCUGACAGUGACUGCAGCUGCUGUGGUUUACUAUCGCCGCAGACCAAAGCAUGGACACAGGAAGAAGCCCGAUGAACAGAAGAAUGCUACAGAUGUGACAUCCCAUAAUGAGGAAGAACCACUAAUGGACACUACCAAUGGGACAUCCCCUAAUCACAAUGACCCUCAAUCGAAGGACACUGACAACGUGACAUCCCCUAAUCUCAAUGACCCUCAAUCGAAGUACACUACCGAUAUGACAUCCCCUAAUCACAAUGACCCUCAAUCGAAGGACACUUCUGAUGUGACAUCCCCUAAUCACAAUGACCCUCAAUCGAAGGACACUGACAACGUGACAUCCCCUAAUCACAAUGACCCUCAAUCGAAGGACACUUCUGAUGUGACAUCCCCUAAUCACAAUGACCCUCAAUCGAAGGACACUGACAACGUGACAUCCCCUAAUCACAAUGACCCUCAAUCGAAGGACACUUCUGAUGUGACAUCCCCUAAUCACAAUGACCCUCAAUCGAAGGACACUGACAACGUGACAUCCCCUAAUCACAAUGACCCUCAAUUGAAGGACACUACUGAAGUGAUAAAUAAAAAAGGCGGUUUGGAUUUGAUUUAACAAAUGAAUUAUUCAUUAGAUCAAAUGAUCACAGACCCCUCAGGUAAUAAACACACUAGGUCCAGGAUGUCUGUAAAUGACUCCAGACCCCUGCUCACCGUGGCUAACACAACACCUCAGAAAGACAUCUGAGACCUGAAAGUGUGUGGAGAGUUCUCUCUGAAACACUCUUCUCGAAUUAAUUCAUAGAAAACACUUUCUUUGAAUGAACUCACAUAUACUUCAGGUCAUAGUGUAUGUUGUUAAUGUUCUUGUAUAUUGUGUUUUUGUGUUAUAUUAUACUGUGAAACACAAGCACUCUUCACAGAGAAUCUAACGCAGCAAGCUGUCCUCGGUCAGCCAUCUUCACCAGAACUCAAGUCUCGACUGACUAGGAGUGAAAAAGCUUUUCAGGUCCACUUGAAGGACUUUUAUUGAUGUAUGUUUUUUAAGAUGAUAAACAGUGUCUGUAAAUGGUAAUCCUGUACAAAGAUGUUUUUGUAGAUAUCUCGUCUGUUUCAGUUCUGUUCUUGAAGCAUGUUCAUCUGUGCUGCUUGUGUCUAAAUGACUCUUAAAGGAUGCUCUUUCUCAGGUUUAUCAUGUUCAAUGUGUAAUAUCAGAUCUGUUUAGAGAUUUAUUAAGUAUCAUUGGUGUUAUUUUUGUUUAAGUCAUUUCCAUGUCAGAUGUUGUUUAGUUUGCAUCAGCCAUGUAGCAAAUGCCUUAAAGUUAACCACAGGAACUCUAUUGUCUAAAUUUAUUGUAAGAUUAUAUAUUAUUGUAUAUAUAUUUUUUAUUAAAAUGAUUGUGAAUGAUGCAAUACAGCUUUUAGGAGGAAAUAGCUUGCUGUUUAAUAAAUUGACAGCCUGUUUCCUAAUCUUCAACAUGUUUUACAUUAAUCAUUGCAUUCAUUUGGAACUAAUUUUCCCCUUGAUAAAAUGUUCAUUUUAAGAGAAGGCAGAGUAAAUAAGGAAUGUCGAUCGCGACUGGUAGGAUUUUUGGAUGUUGUGUAAUAGUGUGUUGUCUUUAAAUAUCAAUCUUUUUUUGUUUUUCAGUUUUUAACUGAAGUUAGACUUGAAUUAUAAUGGCUAUGACUGCCAUGUGCCUCGU